CAAUCAAUCAACACAGACACGCACGCACCCGAGCCCCACAAUUCGCAUCCCCCACUCCACUAUCCACCAAAAACCAUGGCGCGGCGGAGCAGCAUGCUCCUCCUACUCGCCGCGGCCGCCCUGCUUGCCGUCGGCGCGGGCGCCGCCGUGCCGCCGUCGUGCGAGCGCAUCGAGUGCCCGGCGUACGACGUGGUGGACAACGCCAACGGGUUCGAGAUCCGGCGGUACAAGGACGCCAUGUGGGUGUCCACCGCGCCCAUCGAGGACAUCUCCCUCGUCGACGCCACCCGCUCCGGCUUCCUCCAGCUUUUCAAGUACAUCCAGGGGAAGAACGCCUACAACGAGACGAUCGAGAUGACGGCGCCGGUGCUGACGCGGGUGGCGCCCAGCGACGGGCCCUUCUGCGUCUCCUCCUUCGUGGUCAGCUUCUACGUGCCGGCGAAGAACCAGGCGGACGCGCCGCCGGCCGAGGGCCUGCACGUGCAGAAGUGGGCCGGGGCGAGGUACGCGGCCGUGCGCCGGUUCGGCGGCUUCGUGGCCGACGCCGACGUCGGCAAGCAGGCCGCGCUGCUCGACGCCAGCCUGCAGGGGACCAGGUGGGCCGCCGCCGUGUCCGACGGCCGCAAGGCCGACCCGGCGUCCGAGUACACCGUGGCGCAGUACAACUCACCGUUCGAGUUCAGCGGCAGGGUGAACGAGAUAUGGAUGCUCUUCGACACCAUGGCCGCGUCUGACAUGUAACUGUGCAAGCUUGCUGCUGCUGGCUAGAUUAAUCAGUGAACUCGUAUGUAAGAGUGUCUUGUCUUUUAAGCUUUCUAUCUAAGCCGACGAAUAAUGGUAGCCUAUAAACUGCUGAAGCCAACUACUCCUAGUGUACUGUUUUGCGCUGUAUGGACAUGCGAGCAAUAAAGUGCCCCUUUGGUGCAACAAA